GAUGGGGGCUGUUGCUCCAACCUGAUCGAGUCCAUUUGCCAAUUCACCAGUCGCAUCACUUCCGGAUCAGUCCUCAGUUUCUGCUGCAGAGGAGCCCAGACAAGCCAUGGCUGAGAGGAAGCAGUCUGGCCGGCAAGGUGAGGAAGAAGAAGUGCCAGCCUUCUUCAAAAACCUGGGCUCGGGCAGCCCCAAGCCCCGGCAGAAAUUCUGUGGCAUGUUCUGCCCUGUGGAAGGCUCCCUGGAGAACAAGACCAUCGACUUCGACUCCCUCUCGGUGGGCCGAGGAUCUAACAAAGUGGUGGCAAAGCAGAAGGAUGUUGCCCACCUGGGUCCGGAUGCUCAGUCUGUCUAUUCCAGGCAGAGCGGGAAGGGAGGGGAACCAUCUGUUGAUUUCGGGAGAAAGGUGGAGAUCAGGAGUGCCACGGGGAAGGAGGCGCUGCAGAACCUGAAUGACAAGAGUGAUCGUCUUUUGAUCAAAGGUGGUAAAAUAGUUAAUGAUGACCAGUCUUUCUAUGCAGACAUUUACAUGGAAGAUGGGUUGAUAAAGCAAAUAGGAGAGAAUCUGAUUGUGCCAGGAGGAGUGAAAACUAUUGAAGCCCAUGGCAGGAUGGUGAUUCCUGGAGGGAUUGAUGUUCACACCCGCUUCCAGAUGCCGGAGCAGGGGAUGACAUCUGCUGAUGACUUCUUCCAAGGGACCAAGGCUGCCCUGGCUGGGGGCACCACCAUGAUCAUUGAUCACGUGGUUCCUGAGCCAGGGACCAGUUUGCUGACUGCGUUUGACCAGUGGCGAGAAUGGGCAGACAGCAAAUCCUGCUGCGACUACUCUCUGCAUGUGGACAUCACUGAGUGGCAUAAAGGUGUCCAGGAGGAGAUGGAAGCUCUGGUCAAAGAUCAUGGUGUGAACUCCUUCUUGGUUUACAUGGCUUUCAAAGAUCGCUUUCAGCUAACUGACUCUCAGAUAUACGAGGUCCUGAGUGUAAUCCGAGAUAUCGGCGCGACAGCUCAAGUGCACGCUGAGAAUGGUGACAUCAUUGCUGAAGAGCAGCAAAGGAUCCUGGAACUGGGGAUCACAGGCCCUGAAGGGCAUGUGUUGAGCAGACCUGAAGAGGUGGAGGCAGAGGCUGUGAACCGGGCAAUAACCAUUGCCAACCAAACCAACUGCCCCCUUUAUAUCACCAAGGUGAUGAGCAAAAGUGCAGCUGAUGUCAUUGCUCAAGCCAGGAAAAAGGGCACUGUGGUGUAUGGAGAGCCCAUCACAGCCAGCUUGGGUACUGAUGGAUCUCAUUAUUGGAGCAAGAACUGGGCUAAGGCAGCAGCUUUUGUAACUUCUCCACCACUGAGUCCUGACCCAACCACUCCUGAUUUUCUCAACUCACUACUGUCCUGUGGAGAUCUGCAAGUUACUGGCAGUGCCCACUGCACCUUCAACACUGCUCAGAAAGCUGUUGGGAAGGACAACUUUACCCUGAUCCCUGAAGGAACCAAUGGGACUGAAGAGAGGAUGUCCAUCAUCUGGGAUAAGGCUGUGGUGACUGGCAAGAUGGAUGAGAACCAGUUUGUUGCUGUGACCAGCACAAAUGCAGCUAAAAUCUUCAAUCUGUACCCGCGGAAGGGCCGUAUCGCAGUGGGCUCAGAUGCUGAUCUGGUGAUCUGGGAUCCUGACAGUGUCAAGACAAUCUCUGCCAAGACUCAUAACAUAUCUCUGGAGUACAAUAUCUUUGAGGGCAUGGAGUGCCGUGGGUCUCCCCUGGUGGUUAUCAGCCAGGGGAAGAUUGUGCUGGAGGAUGGGAAUCUUCAUGUCACCGAGGGAUCGGGACGGUAUAUCCCCAAGAAACCAUUCCCUGACUUCGUUUACAAGCGCAUCAAAGCAAGGAGCAGGCUGGCUGAGCUGCGGGGUGUGCCUCGAGGCCUCUAUGACGGACCUGUCUGCGAAGUGUCAGUGACGCCGAAGACCGUCACACCAGCGUCUUCAGCUAAGACAUCUCCUGCCAAACAGCAGGCCCCACCCGUGAGGAACCUACACCAGUCUGGAUUCAGCUUGUCUGGGGCACAGAUUGAUGACAACAUCCCCCGCCGCACGACUCAGCGCAUCGUGGCACCGCCAGGCGGACGUGCCAACAUCACCAGCUUGGGCUAAGGACCAACCCCCUUCAGUGCCCGCCAGCGGACCGGGGACGGGGGCACCUGGAGACCCUUCUUGAUUCUUUUAGAGCCUGUGACGGUUACUGCGGGCAACCAGUGGGGGGGGGCUGAUGUAAGGCGCCUCUUUCAGUCCCCUCAGAUUCCCUCCUCAUCUUCACCAACCCUCACUUCCCCCCUCAGCCCCUACACAUUUAAAAGAAUAAACCCUGUUUUGACACCUCUGACAUGGAAAAGUAAAUGUAAAGAGGAUGUUUGAGAUAUGUGGCCUCUGUCCCAUUCAGCAUCUUUCUUUUAAUAAAGGAAGGAUAAAGUGAAUUUCCCAGGAGCUGCCUUUAAGACACACACAAAAAAAGGAAUAAAUAAAUAAUAAAUGUAAAAAAA